AUGGAGCUGGUGAGCCGGCGAGACCCCCGCCUCCGAGAGGUCGCGUGGUUUGCGGUGUGCUGCAGAGCCCUGACGCUUCUGCUGCAGGCUCUGUUUAACCUCCUGAUCCCAGAUCACGCUGCAGACGCCUUCCAUCCCCCUCGCUUGUCCGAGCCUGGCCUGUGGGACCGGCUCUUGGAGCGGCUGCUGGGAGGCCUCUCGCACUGGGAUGCGGAGCACUUCCUCUUCAUCGCCGAGCGUGGUUACCUGUACGAGCACAACUGCGCCUUCCUCCCGCUGUACCCCCUGAGCGUGCGUGCCGUGGCCGAGGGAGCUCUGUGGCCCUUGCAGUGGCUGCUGCGUUUGCGGAGCCGCCUCCUGCUAUCAGCUGUACUUCUUAAUUCUCUCUUUUCUGUCCUGGCAGCUGCUGCCCUGUAUAAGCUGGGCUGCGUCGUGCUGCAGUGUCGCAGGGUGGCUUUUCUUGCAGCCGUUCUCUUUUCUAUCAGCCCUGCCAACAUAUUUAUGGCAGCUGCUUACUCGGAGAGCAUGUUUGCCUUCCUGGCAUUCAGUGCCAUGUGGCAACUGGAGAAGGGGCAGAGCUGGCUCAGUGGACUGCUCUUCUCCCUUGCUUCUGGGGUGCGUGCCAACGGGCUUAUUAAUGCUGGCUUCUUUCUCUACUCCUGCGGUAAAUGCUUUGCCCUCCAGCUCCAGGUGGGUUCAGGAUCGCUAAGGGAGCUCCCUCCGUUGUGGAAGCAACUCCUUAGCGUGGCGUCUGCAGCGGUUCUGAUGUGUGCUGGGAUUUUUCUACCUUUUGCUUUAUUUCAGUAUUAUGCCUACGUGAGGUUCUGUGGUCCUGGCAUUGGCCUGGAGCAGAGCGUUCCCAAGCCGCUGCUGCAGCUGGCUCUGGACAAGGGCUAUCGUCUGGCGGCCAUGAACGGGGUUAAACCCCCUUGGUGCUCCCAGCGGUUCCCCGUAGUCUAUUCCUAUAUUCAAGACGCUUACUGGAAUGUGGGCUUUCUAAGGUAUUUUGAGCUCAGGCAGAUACCAAAUUUCUUGCUUGCUUUGCCUGUCGCACUCCUGGGCUCCUGGGCUGCCUGGACCUACAUCAUUGCAAACCCCCGGCACUGCCUAACUCUUGGUCUAGAGAGAAGAAAGAGUGACGAAGAAGGUAAACCAAGAGCUGGAUUUUGCUGCCCUGCUGUCUUUGUGUACGUGGUCCACGCCACGGUCCUGCUGGCGUUUGGAUUCUUCUGCAUGCACGUGCAGGUGCUGACCCGGUUCCUUGGCUCCUCCUCUCCCAUCCUGUACUGGUUCUCCGCUCACCUGCUCCAGGAAUACGAACCUUUGCUCCGGAGCGAAGGAACUGAGAGUCAAACCGCGGCACCUCGCUCCGACAAGUCUCUUCUCCAUAAAUCUCCGGGUUCCUGUGGGAAAGGGACUUCCCGAAACCCCGUUGUGAGGCUGCUGACAAACUGUAGAUUAAUUACCCCGCUCAGCAAAUGCAUUCUUGGAUUCUUCCUGUCCUACUGGCUGCUGGGACUGAUUCUGCACUGCAACUUCUUGCCGUGGACGUAG